AUGUUCUCAAGUCUCGGUCUCCUUGACCGGUUUUUGGCAAUAUGGAUUUUUCUUGCCAUGGCGAUCGGAAUCAUCCUGGGCAACUUUGUCCCAAGCACAGGCCCUGCCCUACAAAGGGGAAAAUUCGUGGGAGUCUCUGUUCCCAUAGCUGUGGGUCUUCUCGUCAUGAUGUACCCUAUCCUGUGCAAGAUUCGGUUUGAAUCCCUGCAUCAUGUUUUCCGAGCGAAGGAUAUUUGGAUCCAGAUGGCCUUCAGUAUUCUUCUAAAUUGGAUUAUUGCCCCUUUUCUUAUGUUGGCCUUGGCUUGGGCGUUUUUGCCCGACGAGCCAGAAUUGCGACAGGGACUGAUCAUUGUUGGAUUGGCACGAUGCAUUGCCAUGGUGCUAGUUUGGACAGGAUUAGCUGGAGGCGACAACGAAUAUUGUGCCAUCCUCGUCGCUCUCAACUCAGUGCUACAGAUGGUUCUUUUCGCUCCAAUGGGGGUAUUCUUCAUCAGCGUCAUCAGUGGCGAUCCAGUCACAUUCGAAUAUUCAACAGCUGCCAAAAGUGUUGCGGUGUUUCUCGGAAUACCUCUAGGGGCCGCUAUCAUCACGCGUUUCGUGCUGCGACGAAUCUCUGCGAAAUGGUAUGAUGAAACCUUUCUUAAAUGGCUUAGCCCAUGGUCUCUCAUCGGUCUGUUGUUCACAAUCCUUGUGUUAUUCGCCUCGCAAGGUCGACAUGUGGUCCACCAAAUCGUCUCCGUGGUCCGAGUCGCAGCACCGCUCAUUGUCUAUUUCCUGAUCAUCUUCUUUGCGACCCUCCUUGUCGCAUACAAAUUGGGAUUCGGCUACAAGUUAGCCGCUGUGCAGAGCUUUACGGCUGCUAGCAACAAUUUUGAAUUGGCGAUUGCUGUUGCGGUGGCGAUGUUUGGUGCGGAUAGUAACCAGGCUCUUGCUGCGACUGUUGGGCCUCUCAUAGAGGUUCCUGUUCUGUUGGGUCUGAGCGAAGAUCUCGCCCGUAUUCGCAAUAAUCAACGGCGAUCAAGGGCAAAACGACUGGAAUAUAUUCGGGAGUUAGAGGAAAAAGCAAAGAAAUACGACGAUAUAAUUGGAUCGAAAUCUCCGCCAUCGCUAUCAGCAUUUGAUAAAUUGCAAUCUGAAAAUGCUUGGAUGAGAGGGUUAUUGGUCACCCUAGGCAUCAAUUUCAACUCUGUGGAUGCACCCCCCGGAAGCAUUCACGAUAGCGAACCCAAUAUGGUAUCAGCGAUCACAGGAUCCUUAGCUGGUAACGUGGAGACUCAGCAACGUAUGGAAACUCCAACCCCAUUGUCAUUCUGGGAUCAAUGGGAUUCGUCGGGUCUAUCGCCUGACAUGGGGUUGGAUUUCAACAUCCCGUUACUAUCGAACGAGAUCAAUGAUUUUGCCAAUCUGGAUCUUCCCUUGGCAGACCUGGCAGAACCGAAUCUUGGUGCUUGGCAGUAUCAUGAAACCCAGGAGUGCACCGAGACAAGCACUCCGAGUAACAUGAAUACAACUCUGUGCUCUUUAGCAUGUCAAUGGGUGAUCCAAUGCAAUACCAAAGGUGUGGAAUUGGAUGUGUUGUACUUUCGGAUGGAGCGUGGUUUCAAACAAGGCAAUAGUCCCUUGGAAGGAUGCAGGGUGGAUAACCAAGUGCUUCUUAAGGUUUUAACGGAAAUAUCUUGA